GUCACCGAAGAACGAAUAAAAGACGGCAAAAGGAAGACGUCGGGAAAGACGUCGGGAAAGACAUCGAUGAUACAAUACACUAUUGAAGCUCGCUACUGGGCUUUUGAUGGUAUAUCGUGAGUUGCACAAGCCAGAGAAGAAACGCGAUAUUUCCCGGUGGACAUCUUCAGACCACCCAGGGACAGAUGAUCUAAGUCCCGAAGCAACGAAGCGAGACUACCCGCCUUCCGACGAGUUUCUAUACGUAUUACCUUCGAUUAUCAAGGGCUUCAACCUCAAGAAGAAGAAAUGGUUGGACCUAAAGGUCGACAACUUAGGCGAAGUAGUAUGGAACGAGACGGCCUUUGAGAGGCUUGUUCUUGAAGACAAGACCAAGAAAUUGAUUCUGGCUCUCGUCAGCGACCAGGUGGAAUCGACGAGGUCAACAGAUCUCAUAAGUGGCAAGGGGAACGGCUUGAUCAUGCUGCUCCACGGAGGUCCCGGCACAGGCAAGACUCUGACCGCCGAGAGUGUGGCCGAGAUUGCCCGGAAGCCACUCUAUCCUGUUACUUGUGGUGACAUCGGAACGGAGCCGGAAGCUGUCGAGAACUAUCUCGAGUCCGUUCUACAUCUCGGAAAGACCUGGGGGUGUGUUGUCCUACUCGAUGAAGCCGACGUAUUUCUUGAACAGCGCAGUCUCCAGGACCUCCACCGGAACGCGCUGGUAUCCGUGUUCCUCCGAGUGCUCGAAUAUUACGAGGGGAUAUUGGUUUUGACGAGCAAUAGAGUCGGUACCUUCGACGAAGCCUUUAAGUCGCGCAUCCAACUGGCUAUCCACUACAACGGUCUGAGCUUUUACGAACGCUCCAAGAUCUGGGGAAAUUUUAUCUCACGCUUACAGGACUUUAAAGAAGAGGAGAUUGAUGCCGAUGAUCUAAAAGAUCACAUCAAGGACUUGGCCCAGUUUGAGAUGAACGGAAGAGAGAUCCGCAACGCCAUCACGAAUGCACGGCAGUAUACUCGAUGGGAACGAAAGCAGCAGCAGCAGCAGCAGCAAGGUCCAGAGAAUUGCAAGCUUGAUUAUGCGAAGAUCAAGCUUAUCAUCGACACCGCCAGCAAGUUCGACGACUACAUAAAAAAAUUGAAUGGAGGAUAUAAUCACAUCGCGGUAGACGAGGGGCUAAGGCUCGAAGCUUGACAGGGGAAAUAAUACGUCAGCCUCUUCCUGACCUUUGUUGGUUUCCCUUUCUCCUUACAUACAUACGAACACACCAUGUCAUGUUUCUUUUUUUAUCCAGCAACUUCAUAGGCUGUAGAUCAUACGCUCGCUCUCUUAUCUCAGCCGCCAAGAUGCCACAUCACGUAAAUGGGUAUAAAUGGGACAAAGACGCAGGGGAGGUUGCAUUGGCAUGCAGCAACGAUCUUCCCGUUUUAUUUCCA